AUGUGGCUGAAGUCGCUCGUGUCGGCCUUGGGGCUGGCUGCUCUGGCUCGUGGCCAGAAGACCUCGGAAGAUGAUGGCGAGGUCAGGAGCAUUGGUCUGCGCACCCACUCCAUCCAACAGCCCUACCUCGACUCGGACAUGCAGAGCCGAUGGUACGACUUUGGUGGCGACACGAUCGUCCGGACAGACUCAUACAUCCGCCUGACAUCGGACCGCCCAUCGCAAUCGGGCUGGCUCUUCUCGCGCGUGCCGCUGACGGCGACCAACUGGGAGAUUGAGGUCGAGUUCAAAAUCUCGGGCAAGGGCCAGCUCUACGGCGACGGCUUCGCCUUCUGGGUGACCAAGAACCGCGGGCAGAUGGGCCCCGUGUUCGGCGCGGCGGACCGCUUCGAGGGCCUCGGCGUCUUCUUCGACACGUACAAGAACAACCGGCCGGGCGUCGUGUUCCCCUACGUCAUGGCCAUGCACGGCGACGGCCAGACGCCCUACGACAAGGACAACGACGGCAAGGCGUCCGAGCUCGCCGGCUGCUCGGCGCGCGGCAUCCGCAACGCCGCCGUGCCCUCGCGCUUCAAGCUGACCUACUUCCAGGACAAGAUGCUCAAGCUCGAGCUGCAGUACAAGUCCGAGGGCGACUGGCAGCUGUGCUUCGAGACGCGCCAGCCCCCGACCCUGCCGUCCAUCGCCUACCUCGGCUUCAGCGCCGAGACGGGCGAGCUGCACGACAACCACGACAUCAUCUCCGUCGCCGCCAAGAACCUCUACACGGCCCCCAACAAGAACAAGAACCCCUCGACCCCGGGCAGCGGCCAGUCGUCGAGCCGCGGUCCCGCCCCCGUCAAGGAGGGCGGCAGCUGGACCUGGUUCUUCGGCAAGAUCAUCCUCUUCAUUCUCGUCCUCGGCGCCGCCUACGUCGGCUUCACGGCCUGGCGCGCGAAGAACGAGAAGCGCCACCGCUUCUGA